CCGCUAAUAAAAACUGACAAGAGUAUGUAUUAUGUGUAAAUAUACUUGAACUAAGUAAAAAUCACUGAUCUCAAAUCAAUUUACGGAGAACUAUGCCACAUGAUAAACACGGAGUGUAAUCUGAACGACCACAUUGAAAAGGUAAACCAUGGCGAACUCGAGGCGCGAGGACAACAAGUUGGACAAAGAUAUCAAACAGAAAGGACAACAUGGCUCUUGCAAGCCCUACCUUGCAUUUUCAAUUGAUAAUAUUUUGCGAAGAAAAGAAGAAACCGCGCUAAACACAACGCAUGUUGUCCACGCCGGGAACAAAGCAUACACAACGAGAUCAGCAGAAAUUGAAGUCCGGCAAGGGCCACCUAAAAAAGAAAUGGUAAAUUCGACGAAAAUUACCCAUUUACCUUGGUUGGCAUAUACACGCUACUCACCGCCUAAACUUCCAAGGUCAAAGAGAAGACUCAACAACAGCAAACGUCGUUCAAGUGGCUGUCCUCGGGUGCCAUUCUCCACUUCACAGCUGAUGACCUUAGAGCAAAAAUACACAGAAAAUCACUAUCUGUCUGGAAAACAAGUCACCGAGCUGGCGCGCAGCUUGGACUUACCACAACAUCGAAUCAAGAUUUGGUUUCAAAACCGACGCGCGAGAGAGAAACGUAACCAAGAAGAAAGUUCGAUUAACAGGAUGGAUGAGCGGCCAACAAAUUUCUCGGAACAGGUUGAGUUAAAUACGCAGUUAACAGCUUGUUUUGCGCCUCUUCCACUGACCUCAAACUUUUCCAUGGACUGGUUUGGUUUGGGCAGCCACUCACACUAUGAAAUGCUUAAUAAGUAUUUCAACAUGGGUGAGAACGGGCCCGAAACAAUGGGGACAUUUCCCUUCAGCUGAAGGAACGUGAAAAUAAGCUUUCGACCAACGUUAGGAGGCCAGAGACUUUAAACAACAGGCAUGCUUUCCGAGCUCUCCGCUUUGAGCUGAAUAGUAUUUUAUUUCGAUCAAUGCUGCAAGUCGAAAGAAACUUAUAGCUUUUAUCAAAUUAAGUAUCGUGUUUUACUGUAAGAUGACGAUUUUAUUUGCGGUGAGUUGAUAUAUGUACCCCUGUUAGGUUUUUCAUUCUUAAUUAUCAUGUAAUGAA